CCCAUAGCUGACCUCAUGGCGGCUGUGGCUCCAGUCCCCAUUGCCCCUGUAGAACUGCCAUCUUGGCGUCCUGGGCGAUCCAGUCCCUCGGGAGCCUCGGCCCCCUGCCCAAGCCCAGCCACUGCCGUCGCUGCCGUCGCUGCGCCGUUGGCCGUGGCGGUGACCACGGCGUCGCGGCGUCGGCGUCCGCGGCUGGGACGAAGGGUGGAGGGUCGACCGGUGAGCGUUGUGGUGGAGGAAACUGACAGACAUGAUCUGGAAGGUUGCAGCCCACAGUGGAUGGAGACUUUGUUGAAGUCCAGAGCUGUAGAAGUCCUCUUCAGCGGAGUUGAACGCACUGAGCGGCUGGACGAUGGACAGGUCUACUUGUACUUUCCAAAGAUGGACAUCGGACCCUACACCUCGCAGGUGAGAAUGACCUGCAAGAUCGUCCAAGAAAGGGCCAACCGAGCGGAUGUGCAGGUUCUGGCCAUCAACCCGGGGCUCAUGAAGGAUGGGGCAAUUGAGUACCUGAAGGAGUUUGAGGAGUUGCUGGAAGCCAAGACGGAGAUCCAGCUACGGUGGCAAGAUGAUGGCCGUGGAAAGCUUCGAAUCUACCAGCAGGCGUUGCAAAGAUUCAAGUACUACAUGCCAAACUGGUUUCCGAUCCCGGAUUCCGUGACGGAAGCCCUUCUGAGGACUUUUAUCUCUCAAGCCAUGCGUGCCGGACACGAGGAGGUCUUCAGGACUUUACAGAAGGAAGCGGAGACAGCCUGA